CGUGGUAUCAUAAAAAUGGCCUCCUUUUCAUACAUUACUUGUUCUUUUCUUUCCUCUCUUGUCAUCCUCUCAUAAUGGCUAGACACAGGAAUGUAAGGAGGCUAGACUUUGAUGAAGAGAGAGAUUUCGGUGACAUUUAUGGCCGCUCUUUCGAGGAUGAGGUUGCAAUAUCACCCGCUACUGCUUCUCAGUUUAUGUAUCCACACGGUAAUACUGGGAUCGCUCUAAGCAGUUAUAUGAAGCCACACCCACUUGAGACGCAGUCAGAAAAGUUGCCAUCAUCAGCUGGAGCAAGUGGAGCACCUACUCAACCAAAUCAACCCUCUCAACCGGCACUGCCCUCUCAAUAUCUAAGAAGUGAACCUUCAAUAAAGAAGCCGGAUAAAGCAACUGCUCCAGUUGAGACUGUUACUAUCAAGCAAUCUCAAUCCAAUACAAAGAUGGGCUUUAUUACUCAUCAUCGCAGCAAUAUAGACUCCAGUCCUGCUAGAUCUCCCUCACCAUCUGUUCUUCCUGGGCGGAGCACACCAACAACCACACCCAUUAGGCAACCUCAGCUGACUCGGAGUUCAUUAAAAGGAAAGCAAUUACAUUUAAUUGAUGUUUUAAGUGAGUAUAAGAAGAGACAGGAAUCAGAGAAACCGACCAUCAAUCUUGUAGUAAUAGGUCAUGUUGAUGCUGGUAAGAGCACACUGAUGGGUCACCUUCUCUUCCUGUUAGGUCACGUCUCCAAACGGACCAUGCACAAGUAUGAGACAGACUCGCAGAAACUUGGUAAGGCAUCGUUUCUUUACGCAUGGAUACUGGAUGAAACCGGAGAGGAGCGGAACAGAGGCAUUACAAUGGAUAUUGCCCAGCAGCAGUUUGAGACGGAGCAUCUCAAGAUUCAUUUGUUGGAUGCUCCUGGACACAGGGACUUUAUACCAAACAUGAUCACUGGAGCAGCUCAGGCUGAUGUUGCUGUUCUUGUUGUUGAUGCUACAAUCGGCUCAUUUGAGUCAGGCUUUGAAUCAGGUGGACAGACAAGAGAACACGCUUUACUUGUUCGCUCACUCGGCGUAACGCAACUGGUAGUCGCCAUCAAUAAGAUGGACACGGUCAGUUGGUCAAGGGAGAGAUUUGAUGAGAUAGUGACGAAAUUGAAAUCAUUUUUAAAACAAGGAGGAUACAAGGAAGGUGACAUUACCUACGUACCAUGCAGUGGCAUGACUGGAGAUAAUUUGACAUCAACGCUAACUGAUUCGUGGUACAAGGGACCUUCACUAGCUCAAUCUAUUGAUAGGUUUAGGCCUCCUCCAAGACCAGUUGAGAAGCCUUUCAGAUGUUGCAUAGCCGAUAUAUUUAAAGGUCAAGGGGCGGGUAUUUGUGUAGCUGGUAAGAUUGAAUCAGGUUAUGUCCAGUCUGGAGAGACUGUACUAGUGGUACCUGCAAAUGAACUGACUUCAGUCAAGACUAUAUUCGGUGGAGAUGAUAUCAGUGCUUGGGCUGUAGCUGGAGAUCAAGUUGUGUUGACACUGAUUGGAAUCGACCAAACCAAGCUAGCUUUGGGUAGUGUCCUGUGCUCUCCUGAAGCUCCUGUUAGCAUCACUAGUUUAGUGAGGGCAAGGAUCAUCAUCUUUAAUAUCGAGCUACCAAUCACAGCUGGCUAUCCAGUUAUAUUCCAUUACCAGUCAGUGAGUGAGCCAGCUGUCAUUAAGAAGCUUUUGAGUCAAGUAAGCAAGACAUCAGGCGACGUAAUAAGAAAGAAACCAAGGUGUCUUACUAAGAAUAGUUCUGCUAUAGUUGAGAUAGAGAUCAGUCGUCCUCUCAGUUUGGAGCUCUACAGUGAUUGCAAGGACCUUGGGAGGUUCAUGCUCCGUUAUGCUGGUAACACUGUAGCAGCUGGACUUAUAAUCAAAAUAUUAUGAUCAACCACGACCUUCACAUCAUAUUUAUUAAAGGACUGGUUCAAUUAAUAAUGAUUCCAUCAUUUAUAAUAUGCUCAUCUCCUCUCUCUCUCUCUCUA